CAUAAAUCAACAAAACAUAUUGACGAAUUGCAGAGAUAACACUCUCCUUUUCUCUCUAAACUUCAUCUCUCUACAUUACUCUCCUUAUUUUACAGACAAUGAAAAUAAUGUAGAUCGCCAGAGUAUAAAUCAAGGCUAUUCCCACCUCUUCACAGACUCGCAUGACCUCAAAGUAAUUGGACAAAUGCAGUCAAUAUUGUGUAAAAUCGUAAACUUUUAAGUUUUAAAACUUAGAUUUUAACUAUAUUUGUAAGGAAAAAAUCAGGAUACUACGUCAAUCUCCCAAAUGUCAGUGCAUCUGUACAUGAUAAGAGAUUGUGCUGAAAAUAUUGUCCUCAUAUGUACAAACAAUAGCAUGAGCAGAGAAGAUUGUCCUCAUCGGCUAGGCCCAUGUGCAUGGGCCCGUGGUACAAACCCAGCACCAUAACUGGCCCAAGUGCUAGGCCCAUGUGCAUGUCGCCGUCUCACGUCAUCCGAACAGCCGACUUUCCCAAAACCGGAGUCCCGCAAAAAUCACCGUCGAAUCCCAAAUCGAUUUCAGAACUUCUAAUCCAACUCGGCCCCGGGAAAUUUCUAGGGUUCUUAAAGGCACUCCAAUUCCAUCCCCUAAACUAAAUCACCGGCGCUUUAUUCUCCAGAAAAUCGAUUAACCAUGCCGCAGAGACACUCGAAGAACAACAACGAUCUAGCGUUCUUCACAUACGAUGAGAAGCGGAAGCUCGGCUAUGGAACCCAGAGGGAGCGACUGGGGAAGGACUCGAUCAAGCCUUUCGACGCCUGCAGCCUCUGCUUGAAGCCCUUCAUCAAUCCGAUGUCUUGUCCCAAAGGUCAUGUCUUCUGUAAAGAAUGCAUCCUCGAGUGCCUCCUUGCUCAGAAGAAAGACAUCAUUAGGAAGCAAGCCGCCCACGAGUUGCAGAAAAAACAGGACAAGGAAGAAGAACAAGAGAAGUUAGCGGCCCAGCGAGCUCGAGAACUCGACGCGUUCGACCAGCAGAACCACGGCGCAGUCCCACAGUACAGCAACGACAGCCGGAACUCCAGCCAAGACAAGAACGGCUUCCACGGCGCUAACAGCGUGAAGACAACCUCCUACGAGGAGGAAGCCCUUCGUACGAUGAAAGCCUUCUGGCUCCCCUCGGCCACUCCGGAAGCCGCCGUGAAGGUAGAAGCCCCGUCCUCCCACACGACAUGCCCCGAGGGGAACGAGAAGCUCAAGAUGAAGAGCCUCUUCCCCAUCUACCUAACCGAGGACACGAGCGAGAGCGACGAGAGCUCUCUCGACAAGAGCUAUCUGUGCCCGAGCUGCAAGGUCACUCUGACCAACACGCUGACGCUCGUCGCUGUGAGCUCGUGCGGACACGUGUUCUGCAAGAAGUGCGCCGACAAGUUCCUGGCGGCGGACAAGGUUUGCUUGGAGUGCAGCAAGGGGUGUAAGGGGAGGGAUUUGGUGCAGCUGGAGAAAGGCGGGACUGGGUUUGCGGGUCACGAUGAGGGUCUUGUGGCGACGGAUUUUAAGCACUUGGGUAGCGGUUCGGGUUUGGGACUUGUGAGACCUUCUUCGAAAGUUUGAUCAAUGGCGGACCUGGUUUUUGUUUUGUAUGUUUUCUUCAACGAUGUAAAAUCUCUUUCAUUGGAUUGAACUGUAGGAAUACUCGAGAUGAAUUCUUUUGUGUUAAACCAUUAUGUAUUUUAGAUAGCGCUGCAAAUGAGCCGAGCUGAGUCGAGUUUUACCCCAGUUUGAGCUUGACUCGUUAACAAAUGAGUUGAGCCCGAGCCAUUUAUUAACGAGUAGAGUCGAGUUCGAGCUAGGCUUGUUUACUAAAUUCUUAGAUCGUAUUUAAUACAUUCAUUUUGUAUGUCGUGUAUAGUACAUGUGAUUGAUGUAUGUGAUUGAUGUAGCGAUAAAAAAAUAAUCAAAUGUUAAACAUUAAUUAAUCUUAUAUUAUAAUUUUUAGGUGUCAUAUUGUUUAGUUAAUAAAUUUUAACUAGUUCA